AUGGAAGUUUUAGAAAUCAAAUCUGAGAAUAAAGUCGAAAGACGAAAAUUGUAUCCCUUGUCUGAGGAUUUGACAGUGUUCCGGAGGAAUAUCCCUGCACCUGCUGAGCUUAGGCAUGUUCUGAGACAAUAUUCGUAUAUAAAUGAUAUUGCGUAUGGAGCAGAAACCUGGGAUUCAAUGUGUUUCGACCUAGAUCGAUUGUUCUAUCGAUUGCGAUAUUGGGGAAUUUCUGUUAGUCUUCCGAAGAGCGAGUUUCGUAAAAGAACCAUUUCGUAUCUAUCACAUGAAAUUGAAGCUGAGGGGAUCAGAGUCAAACCUAAAAUUGCAAAAGGUUUUCCGACUACUCUCAAGGGUGUGCGAUCGUUUCUGGGAAGCCUCAAUUAUUACAACAAGUACAUAGAGGACCUCGCAGUAGUUGCGGCUGUUCUGUAUGAAUUAACAGAUGAGCAGAUCCGAGCAGGUAGAGACUUGGAACCCGCAAAGGAACCUUUGAAAUUCUCAAACAAAAAAUGUCUCUACUCCGCUAUUGAAGCAUCUGUGGUGAAAUCCGAGAAAUUGGAGACAGGAAAUGACCCCAGACCGAGAAAACCAUUCAUUAUCAUCCUACACGCAAAUCCUUGGGCGGUGAGUGCUGUCUUGGGUCAAGAAUACGACGGAAAGAUAUACCCAGUUCGGUUCACGAGCAGAGUAUUGCACGAUCAAAACCUGUGUUAUCACCCGGCAGAGAAGGAAAAAGUGGGAUUACUCAGAGUUCUCAUCGUAUUCUACCCUAUGCUAGUGGACAACGCAUUCUUAAAGGUGUAUACGUGCUAUUCAGUUCUGGGAUGGCUGUUCAAGACUAAGUCCUUAGAUAGUCGUUGUGAACAAUGGGCAGUUAGGUUGGCACCCUGGCGGCUUGAAGUGCACAAGAUUCAAAAUAACGAAGACGGAUUAGCGUCAAUUGUAGGGGCUGAAAUUACUCCGCGCGACAAGCUCGAUCAAAUUGCUGAGAAUCUUAUUUCAACGAAAGACCGAGAGCUAGGACUUCAGAUCGACAACGAAGUUCCGGGUGUAUUCCCGGGAGGUUACCAACCUGGGGUGUGGUUGCAGCUCGAGGAUUUCAUUUUGAAGGUCGAGUAUCAUGGUAUGAUUAAGGGUUUAAAGAUGGUAUUGGAUCGGGGAAUCCGGAAGUUGAUUAUCGUAGGUGAUUCUCGGAUAGCUAUUCAAAAAGCCCAGGGACUUAUCCAGUGUCUGAAUCCCGUUUUGCAGUUGUUACUUGCUCAAUUCGAAAGUCUGCGCAAAGAGUUUAAGUCUGUGCACCUAGUGCAUGUGAAACGAGAAUAUAAUGCCACUACCGAUUAUGUGACUGAUGACACGAUGUUGGUGAAAACAUUUCGUCCAGAAUCGGAAGGUCAACCAGGAUUUAGGAACCUCCUGAAUUUGGACACUCAGGAUGACAAGUCACCCUGA